AUGUCUCCAACACCCCCAACCACCAACCCCAUCAUCAUCAGCGGUCCCUCUGGCGUCGGCAAAGGAACACUCUAUUCGCGACUCCUAGCCAACCAUCCCGAUCUCUUCACAACCUCCAUUUCGCACACGACGCGAGCGCCGCGUCCGGGAGAAAAACGCGAUGUCGAUUAUUAUUUUGUGCCGAUGGAGGAAUUCGAGGCGAUGAUUGCGAAGGGCGAUUUUGUUGAACAUGCUAUGUUUGGUGGGAAUAGGUAUGGCACCAGUAGGAAGAUGAUUGAGGAGAAGAGGGGGGAGGGGAAGAUUGUUGUGUUGGAUAUUGAGAUGGAGGGAGUUAAACAAAUUCAUUCCCUCAACCCUCCAUUCCCCGCUAGAUAUAUAUUUAUAUCUCCUCCUUCCACAGCAGAUAUGACUGCAUACGAAGUAUUGGAGAAGAGACUCAGGGGAAGAGGAACAGAGAAGGAAGAAUCGAUUCAGAAACGUUUGGCACAGGCAAAGCUCGAAUUGGAGUACUCGAAGACGGAGGGUGUGCAUGAUAAGAUCAUUGUGAAUGAUGAUUUGGAGGUUGCGUAUAGGGAGUUGGAGGAGUAUAUUUUUGGAACGGAGGCUUAG